AUGAUCCUCUACGACAUCCCCGACAUCCGCCUGUUCUGGAGCGAGGACGAGCGCUUCCUGGGGCAGUUCCGCGUGGGGGACAUCGAGCAGAGCGUGCGCUUCCAGCCUCUCAGCAAGUACCCUGCUGUGAUGAACGACAUCUCCUUCUGGCUACCUCCUGAGAAUUACACCGAGAACGAUUUCUACGACUUGGUCCGAACGAUUGGAGGAGAUUUGGUGGAAAAGGUCGAUCUCAUAGACAAGUUUGAACAUCCAAAGACACACAGGACCAGCCACUGCUACCGCAUCACCUACCGCCACAUGGAGCGCACCCUGUCCCAGAGAGAGGUUGGGCGCAUCCACCAGGCUGUGCAGGAGGCAGCCGUGCGGCUGCUGGGUGUGGAGGGCAGGUUUUGACGUCCCUGCCUCCUCCAGCCCCGGUCCUCCCGGGGCUCCGGAUUUGCCGAAUGAAAGAGAAAAAGAUAUUGUUUAUGGAUGGAGGCAUCAGUCGUCUUGUGAUAAAUGGGUCAGUUUUAGGACUUUCAGAAAAUAAAGAAUUGCUCUUGAGAAACUGUU